GGAAAAACAUGAGUGGAACCGGUUGCCGUCUCCGUACGAGCUUCAACUGCGGUUCUGCUUCUCCGCGUCCGAGCUUUCCGUUUUCCGUCUCCGUCCACUUGGGAUUUGGGCUUAACUCUGUUUCUUGUCUAUUUUACCGAAGGACCUGUCUCAGGCGGCGUCAUCGGUCAAUUCUGGAGGGCACUCUGCAGUUGCCCAUGGGGUGAUGCCAGGAGGGUGAACCAUCGGGGUUAGCCCAACAUUAACGAUCAGUAUAUAGCAGACUGCUUAUCCCAACAUCCAGACCUAAUGUCCCUCGUUGGAACCUCUAACUCAUUUCCUUUGUGCUUACCACCAUGGUCGCCACCAAGCCCUCACAGUCCGACCAUGUCGAGAUGAUAUCCUCAGCCAUCGAAGACCCUCCAGGCAAGGAUGGAAUGACCGUCGCAGAAAAGGCGUAUAUCGCCACCGAAAGCGAGCACACGAUGACUGUGUGGGACGCCUUGAAGCGAUACCGCAAGGCGUGCCUGUGGUCGAUGGCCUUUUCCCUCACAAUCAUCAUGGAUGGCUACGAUACCGCUAUUCUGGGCUCCCUGCAAGCCUUCCCGGCCUUCCAAUACAAGUUCGGGCACCAAGUCGGCGACACCGCGGACUACCAGCUGAGUCCUCGCUGGCAGGCUGCCAUUGGGCUGUCCAACCCAUUGGGCAAUUUAAUCGGCGUUUACAUCAACGCCUUCCUAACGGAGCGCAUCGGACACAAGAAGACGCUGCUGGGAACCCUGGUCUACCUCUGCGCAGCAAUAUGCAUUACCUUUUUCGCGCAGAGCGUCCAGAUGUUCUUUGCCGGAUCGCUUCUUUCAGGCUUUGCAUGGGGUGUUUUCACAACGAUGGCCCCUGCGUACGCAUCUGAAGUCUGCCCCGUCGUGCUGCGCAGCUACCUGGAAACCUGGGUUGUAAUCUGCUGGGGCCUAGGCCAGUUUGUCUCGUUCGGCCUUCUCAAGUCCUAUUCCUCCCAAAAACGAGACUACUGGGCCUGGAGGAUCCCCAUCGGUGUACAAUGGGCCUGGCCCGUAAUAAUCAUCCCGAUCAUCGCGUUCGCUCCUGAUUCCCCCUGGUGGCUCGUCCGGAAAGGCCGCGUUGACGCGGCCGAAAGGUCCGUCCUCCGAAUCUCAACGGCAACGCGUCAAGAGGCCAAACAGGCCGUCGCCCUGACGACGCACACAAACGAGCUCGAGAAAGCCGAAUGUGAAGGAACUGGUCUUCUGGACUGUUUCAGGGGCAACAACCUCUGGCGCACGGAGAUCGCUUGCGCCGCGUGGACUAUCCAGCAGCUCUCCGGCUUCGUCGUGAGCGGUUACGGCACAUACUUCUUCCAACAGGCGGGCUUGAAAACAGAGGACUCGUUUAGCAUGAGCGUUGGACAGGCUGGGAUCCACCUCGUAUGUAAUCUCGUCGCCCUGCCUGUCCACGGCCGCUUCGGUCGCCGCCCUCUCUUUCUAGUCGGCAUUGUCCUAAUGGCAUGUACGUGGUUCAUCAUCGGCUUUGUUGCGCUCGCCCCAGCUAGCUCUGCUCAGGGGUACGCCGAAUCGGCAAUCUACAUGCUUUGGUAUGUUGUGUACCAGAUCACCAUUGGACCCGGGUCGUACAUCAUCGUGGGUGAGACUUCCACGACGCGCCUGCGCUCCCACACGAUCAGCAUCGCGCGAAAUUGCUACAACAUCACAUCGAUCUUGAACACCGUUGUCGGGCCAUAUAUUCUGAACCCCACGGCUGGGAACUGGAAGGGUAAGUGCGGGUUCUUAACCGGCGGUCUGCUGGUUCUAUCCUUUGUGUGGGCGUUUUUCCGCCUCCCGGAGAUGAUAGGGCGGACGUAUGAAGAGCUGGAUAUUUUGUUUGCUAUGAACUUGUCUGCGAGGCAAUUUAAGAACCGACUUCUGUCGACUUUCACUAUUGCCAGUUGUGACCGUCGUCAAGAUGCCAGCUACCUCCACUUGCUCUGGAAGGAAAUAGCUACCGGGAAAUUAUGUUACACAGGAUGUCUCGCGUAUUAA